CCCCUUUUUCAUAUACGAAAACCCAUAGUGUAUCCUUUAUCCCAUUUCACCUCCCACUUUCUCUCUCUUGCAUCCUCUCUCUAAGAAUUAAUCAGCGUCUUCUUCGUCACGCUUCCUCCAUUUCGGUGCAUCUGUUAUCUUCCGGCGGUGGUGCUCGGUGACCGGUUUUAUAGUCGUGGGAGACAGAGAAGGAGGUUAUUAUGGGACAACAGUCGCUGAUCUACAGUUUCGUGGCUAGAGGAACGGUGAUUCUGUCGGAGUACACGGAAUUCACCGGUAAUUUCACUAGCAUCGCUGCUCAGUGUCUCCAGAAGCUUCCUGCCACCAACAAUAAGUUCACCUACAACUGCGACGGCCACACCUUCAACUAUCUUGUCGAAGAUGGAUACACAUACUGUGUGGUUGCGGUUGAAGCCAUUGGCAGACAGGUUCCAAUUGCUUUCCUGGAGCGCAUCAAGGAGGACUUCACCAAGAAAUAUGGUGGUGGGAAAGCUGCAACAGCUAUUGCCAACAGUCUGAACAAAGAAUUUGGCCCGAAGCUGAAGGAACAGAUGCAAUAUUGUGUGGACCAUCCAGAAGAGAUCAGUAAGCUUUCUAAAGUCAAGGCCCAGGUUUCAGAAGUCAAAGGGGUGAUGAUGGAAAAUAUUGAGAAGGUUCUUGACCGUGGAGAGAAGAUUGAGAUUCUGGUUGAUAAAACAGAGAACCUUCGUUCACAGGCACAGGAUUUUAGGACGGGAGGUACUCAGUUGAGAAGAAAGAUGUGGUUGCAGAACAUGAAGAUAAAACUGAUUGUUCUUGGAAUCAUUAUUGCAUUGAUUCUGAUUAUAGUUCUUUCCGUUUGUGGUGGCUUCAACUGUGGCAAGUGAAACAUUAUUUUGAUAUCAUUCAAAAACCAUGCUUCUUUCUUCUUCUUUUUGGUAAACUGAUUCUACAUAAAAGGAGGUUUAUUAUACCUUUUAUAUUGUGAGACCAUAUUUCAUUUCAUAUCUGUAUAGGUUUGUUUCUUUGUUGUAUUUUUUGAUACACGUCUAUCUAUCUAGAUUUAUUUAUUCCUUAAGUUA